AUGCCCGAAAACAAGGAUGAGAACAUGACAGAUGUAAUUUUAUCUUUGUUGGAAAGUAAAUUUGGAAUGAAGGAAGCAAAAUCCAAAGUAAAAGUUGACAGAUCUCACCGUCUAGGAAGAAAUAGAGAAGGUAAUUCGAAGCCUCGGCCAAUUGUAGCGAAGUUCAAUUUCCAUCAAGGAAAAGAAUUUAUUAUCCGCAAUCCCAGAUGUCUGAAAGAUACGGGAUUCAGUGUAUCCGAGCAGUUUUCUCAAGAAAUCAUUGAGAAAAGGAAGCUGUUAUAUCCUGAACUGAAAAAAGCAAAAAAGCGGGGGGGGGAAAGCAAAGUUGGUGAAGGACAAACUUAUUAUUGA